GUGGCGUGGCCCCCAGCGAUUGUAGCGCUUAAAAGCAGAUUUAUUGCUCAUCACACGGAAGAGAUAAUUGUUUAUAAGUACCCAUGUAACUUCGGGUAUGGCAAGAUUAAAUUGGCUCGCUUUCAGGGACAGAGGUAUGCGUACACAUCCACACACCCGUGCCUCCGCUCCCCUCUACAAUCGAAAAAAACAAUUACAAAUGUCGUGGUUACCUUCAAUCAAAUGCAAAGCUAUCAUUAAGUCGACGAUUCGACCGACUAGCUCGUUGUGCGCAUCGUCACUGUUAAUUAUCACAAUAAAUAUGUAUAAAAUAAAAUAAAAGAGACCGCUUCUUACCAAUACUAACAGAAAAUACGAGAAAAGAAAGAGAAGCUUUAAAAAAGGAGUGCAUCUACCCCCACCUCCGGGGCCGAAGUGGGGGCCGCCCCGCCGCGGGCGCCACCCACCGCACCGCAAAAAUCGAGAGCGUCGUCAGCGCGCGGGGUCAAACGGCGACGCCAGCGUGAAAAGAAGGAGCGGUGAGGUGCACGCACACAGGCAGCAGUGUGCGUGUGCGCGCCGAGCGGGACGGUUGACGGCAGAGCGAGACCGCGGCGCCAAUUACUAUCACCUGGCGGGCAGCUACCGCAUUACCCACUGCCGCCGCGCGCGCCACCACGCGCCGUGCACCACGCGGUCCGCUCCGCUCCCGACGCAUCGAUCCGGCGCCCGGCCGCCCGGCCAGCCUGCACCGCCGGAUGCGCCGGCUGAAUCCGCGAGACAUGACACAGUGAAGUGUACGGACAGUGACGCGGAUAAUACGUGGAUUUUUUUUAAUUGUUCAAAAAAGUGAAAAAUGACGUCCCAGUUCGCCUUCCGAGGAUCUCCGCCCAAUCAGAGCACCAUAUCGACAGCCUCCAACAGUCCGCCGCCGGCGACGGCCGGGAUGAGCGGCGCGGGCGGCGGCGCGGCGCGGCCCGGCUCGCCCGCGCCCGCCGCGCCCCGGUGCUGCGACACCGGCCGGCCCAUCUUCCAGGACCCUAUAACCGGCCAGACGGUCUGCUCCUGCCAGUACGAGUUCCUCAACUACCAGCGGCUGGCAUCGGGAGUGCCGCUCUCAAUGUACAGCGCGCCCUACUCGGACGCCGCCGCCGCCACCGCGGCCGGCAUGGCCGCCUACUUCCCUGCCCUGGCCGCCGACCAACCGCCUUUCUACACUAACGCCGCUGCGGGUAUCGAACUGAAAGAGAACUUGGCGGCUAGCGCUGCGAGCUGGCCCUACCCGACUGUGUACCACCCCUACGACGCCGCCUUCGCUGGCUACCCCUUCAACGGAUACGGAAUGGACCUGAACGGAGCCAGAAGAAAAAAUGCUACACGAGAAACGACGAGCACUCUCAAGGCGUGGUUGAACGAGCACAAGAAGAACCCGUACCCGACGAAGGGCGAGAAGAUCAUGCUCGCCAUCAUCACCAAGAUGACGCUCACGCAGGUCUCGACGUGGUUCGCCAACGCGCGCCGCCGCCUCAAGAAGGAGAACAAGAUGACGUGGGAGCCACGGAACAGGGUCGACGACGAUGACAAUAAUAAUGAUGACGACGACCACAAGAGCAACGACGGCAAGGAUGUAUUAGAUGGGAAGGAUUCUGGAACCGGUUCGAGCGAAGACGGAGACCGGCCACAGCAAAGGCUGGAUAUGCUAGGACAAAGGACGGAGUCGGAGUGGUCAGAGUCGCGCGCCGACAGCGGGCCCGAGUCGCCGGAGCCCUACGAGCGGCCGUUGCACCCGGCCUACCAGCACCUGCCUUCACGGGCGCCCCCCGGCAGCACGCCCGCCUCCGCCAAGCCGCGAAUAUGGUCACUGGCGGACAUGGCGAGUAAAGACGGCGAUGCUCCUCCGCCGCCACCGUCCGCCUCGGCCUUCUACCAGUCGGCGGCGGCGGCGGCGGCGGCCGCGCGGCUCGCGCACCCGUACGGGCGGGCCGAGUUGUAUCGCGGGCUGUACCCGCCCGCCACGCCGGCCGACGUGGCGCUGCUCGAGUACUCGCGGUCGCUGGCGCUGGCGGCCCCGGCGCCCGCGCCGCCCGCGCCCUCGCCCUCCUCGUCGUCGACCUCGUCGCUGGCGGAGCCGCCGCCGCCGCGCGCCUGACCGCCGGCCCCCCGCCCGCCGCUGGCGCACCGACAAUAACCACGACCCGCCGUCGCCGCCGUGCCGCCGGUCGCCACGCAACCACGCGAGGGCCUUCUCACCUGUAAAUAAAUCUAUAGAUUAAUGUUAUAAAUAUGUAUACAUACAUUAUACAUGAUAAUAAUAAAUGUGCACCGGUAGAGAAGCUUAAUAAUGUGAUAGUGGAGCGGAGGGGCCACCGGCCGCUCCGCGCGCGCCGCGCCGGGCCGACUGACCGACAAUACUAGGUGCUAACCAGUUGGACCUUGCAACAAACACGUUGAUGUAUUUAUAUUCGGAGGUGGUUAAACAAAGUGAUCUAUAAUUGAAGAAUAGGUAUUAACAUGUGUUACGUUUUUUUUAGAUAAAAUAACACUGUUUAAACGUUUAUUUGUACUUUUGUAGAGUGUAAAUUAUUAUUUUCAAAUUUCUCCCAUAUAUUUUAGUGCCUAGAGGCGUAUUCAGAAACGUUAAAAAUAAGAACAAUAAUGUACCUACUUAUGCAACAUGCGCAUUGAUAUAUAAUUAAUAUUGAUAUUAAAUUUCACGUUUCUAAAUAAGCUUCUUAAUUACGUCCACUUUACGUCUAUUGUUUAAUAGUGUUUUAGAUAAAUCUAACAUCGCAUUUUAACUAUUUAUUUUACGAGGUCAGUAGCCUUAACCUUUUAUAUUAAGUUUAAAUAACUACCAGUACCAGAUUUGUUGAGAAUUUUCUAAAUCUGAGUAAUUCAUUUCUAGUCAGAAGACUAUGAUCGUCUAUGUUAAACAUAAAUGAAAUUUCAUUAUUGAUGACGUUUCAUUUGUCGUUAGAGUGUCGUAAAUAUUUUAACAUACUGUAGGUACAUACAUAUUUAGUAAAGAGUUUAGACAUUAGGAGGAGGAGCGCGCCUCGGGGCCACGCGCUCGCCGCG